CCUCGCUCGUCUCCUAUGCUCAUAUUUGGACUCGGCUGCCAGUGCCCAGGAAUUUCCCGUCAUGCCUCCCGCCGCCCCGUCCGUCGCCCGGAGCCGGGGAGGAAGGGAGGGAGGCUCGGACAGCGGCGGCGGCGGCGGCGGCGGCGGCUCCCUGGCACUUUCAUGAGCCCGCGGCGGACCCUCCCGCGCCCCUUCUCGCUCUGCGUCUGCCUCAGCCUCUGCCUGGCCGCGGUCGCGGCCCGGGAAGCCGCUCAGUCGGGGUCAUGUAGGGAUAAAAAGAGCUGUAAGGUGGUCUUUUCCCAGCAGGAACUGAGGAAGCGGCUAACACCCCAGCAGUACCAUGUCACUCAAGAGAAAGGGACCGAAAGUGCCUUCGAAGGAGAAUAUACACAUCACAAAGAUCCUGGAAUAUAUAAAUGUGUUGUUUGUGGAACUCCAUUGUUCAAGUCAGAAACCAAAUUUGACUCUGGUUCAGGUUGGCCUUCAUUCCACGAUGUGAUCAGUUCUGAUGCAGUCACAUUCACAGACGACUUUUCCUAUGGGAUGCACAGGGUGGAAACCAGCUGCUCUCAGUGCGGUGCUCACCUCGGGCACAUUUUUGACGACGGACCUCGUCCAACUGGCAAAAGAUACUGCAUAAACUCUGCGUCCUUGUCUUUCACACCUGCAGAGAUCAGCGACGCCAGUGGGGACAGCGCAGUGGGCAGCCCGGCCCAGGGCGACAAGACAGAGCUGUAGAGGAGUUGAUGGAAACAAGUGUACUUAAUGCACAGCUUAUUAAAACGAAUUCGAGAGCGUCUA